AUGCUCAGUUUAUUCAAGUUCUGUGCCGCAGGCAACCUCUCUGCAAACAACUGCGGCUCAAUUAGAGGACGGGUCAUCACUGGUAAAGAAGUAGUAUCAAACAGUAACUCUGAGAGGGGAUACCGUGAUGACAGAAUACUUGUUUCUGGCAAUCUGCAGCAGAGUGAGACAUCUGCUGGAUCAAGAGUGGCAUAUUCUGUGCGAGUUGUGUUUGACCCAUUUGGUUUGGACAGGGCAGGGUGUCCAGUUCCUAUUUUUUCCUAUUUUUUGAGCCUGUUCCUAUUUUAUACCACUGAUAUUAAUAUUAUAAAGGAAAAUAAAGGGAGAUGUAAAGAAUUAACAAUAAGAGGACACAGAAAAAAUCUGAGCCCCAGAUGGGAUUCUAACCCACGACCCUUCGUGUUCUAGAUCGGAUGCUCUGACCUCUGAGCUACUGAGGACUCGUUGGCGAGCAAAGGUCAUUUUUUUUGUGGGGUGGACUUGCGAACCGCAUCUCGCAGUCACACAGUCCAUCACAAGCAACACAUUAAGGCUUAUCUGUAUCACACAGUCACAUUAAUAGUAAGAAAUGUCUCACUCAUGAAGGAGCCUCCAACCAACCAACCUAUACCACUGAUAUUAAUAUUAUAAAGGAAAAUAAAGGGAGAUGUAAAGAAUCAACCAUAAGAGGACACAGAAAAAAUCUGAGCCCCAGAUGGGAUUCGAACCCACGACCCUUCGUGUUCUAGAUCGGAUGCUCUGACCUCUGAGCUACUGAGGACUCGUUGGCGAGCAAGGGUCAUUUUUUUGUGGGUUGGACUUGCGAACCGCAUCUCGCAGUCACACUUGUAACAAAAUUGAAAAUGGAAUAUAAAUUAUUACAUUUGUAUAUGUGUUUUAGAGUGAGAUUUAUCAUAAAGCAAGUAGUAUGUUGACUUUGAUGUUCUACUGUUAGCAGAAAUAAUAGUUACAUUUGUGCUUUCCAUGACCUCUAUUGCUUAUUAGAGUUCUGUUGACAACUCUGUUAUAUUGUUACUUUUUGUAUAAUUUUUUAGUACACCCUCAUGUAUUGUAUGUAGUGUCAUAUAGUUCUCAUGGCUAUUGUAAAAUAUUGUGCAUAGCCCACUGAAACUGCAUGUCAGUAUCUGUACAUAUUGUAUUUUAUUUUGAAGUCUUGCUCGCUUUUAUGUUCAUCUUUGACUGAAAACAGGAUCAAGUUGCCCUCUCAUAACACAGGUCAAAUAAGUCAUCAAUCAGCUUCUUGUUUAAAAAACCAAUCACUAGCUGGAUUCUGGAUGCUACAUGAAAAGAACAGACUCAAGUUUAGUUUAGGGCACUACCUCUCUUGGUGACCCUUGUUAACAGCCAUACCUAAGCAACUGAUGAUGGAUCCAAUAUUUUGGUUCCGAAACCAGUCUUGCAUCCAUAGCUAAGCAGAGAGUUCGUCCUUUUUAGAACUUAACCAUGACACACUUACAAUCUGGUACCAAAUAGAUCAGUGUCAUUUUGCAUUCACCGCGGAAAGCCUGGUUUCGUACUUAAAACUAUGUGCUCUUUCGAUUCAAACAAGCAUAUUCUCAACCAGCUACUUAUUGCGGAUUAAUCAAAAGAAAGCUUUCCAUAGGACGUUUUAGUCUUAGUUCGAUAUCCUUCAAUGACAACGCAAUCGUAAGAAAUUUCUAUCCUAAGAAAUUUCACUCUAUGAAUUAGCUUUUCAAAGAUUGGCCGCCAACUUGAAGGGAAUUUGCAUAUAAUCACCUUUGAUUAAUAAUUAUAGAACCACGCUCGACCUGUAGUUAAGUAUAUCAUUCUGACUACAGGGUAACUGAACCAAUAAAGUAAACGUUACUGAUCAUUUUCACUCCUUUUAGCCCUGAAAGUUGAUCUAAAUCCUGCAAACGUAGAUGCGGAGGACUCGUAGCCUUUAUCAUAACCCUGACGAGGUGCCAGGAGGCUAUCUUUGUCGACAGAAGUACUAUUGAUUUUCCUAUUUUUCUCCUAUUUUUUUAUGCAAAGUUUCCUAUUUUUCCUAUUUUCUCAGUCCUGAGUUUCCUAUUUUCCUAUUUUUUUGAGCAACCAUGCUGCUGGACACCCUGACAGGGUUAAAGAAUUUCGUUUCUCUUACAACCUCUGCCAGUCUUUAAUUGGUGGAUGA